CUCCUCCUACCAGCUCGUCCGAUUCUUUACUAUUUCUUUUUUCUCAUUCUUGUUUUUUCUUCCAAUCCCCUCUAAUAUAUUUUUAGAAUUUUCCAAUAACCUAACAUCGACGCAUCUCAUUGGAAUACAUGCUUCAGAAAUUUUGAUAUUGAAAAGUUUUUUUUUUUUUUUGGUAAUGAUGACUGAAGCCACAAUGAGUCAACUCAAUACGAAGGUGAUUAUAAAGGAAACUACUACCAGGAAGAUAGGGCGAUCGGCUAAUGAGUUUAAAAGGUGGGGAAGAAAAUCUCCAUUUCUCAGAUAUGGACUUCCUCUCAUUUCACUUACUGUUUUUGGAGCUCUUGGACUGGGUAAUCUCUUACAAGGCAGUAAAGACGUGGCAAAAGUGAAAGACGAGCAUGAGUGGGAGAUAAUCGAGGCUAAGAAAGCUCUAUCUAGAACUGGACCCGUUGAUGCAUACAAGCCGAAGAAAAUUUCACUGGAGGAGGAGCUCAAGGCUAUGCAAGAGAAAGUUGACAUAAACAACUAUGAGUACAAGAAGGUUCCCAAGUUAAAUGAAGGCCAGGCGCACUAGACAGCCUCUCUAUAUAAAUUUUGUUGUUUCUUAUGUAUCCCGUUUACAUCUGUAGAGGCACUCUUUCUCAACACAAUGUGAUCAUUAUUCAAAUGUUUAGCUCUCCAAAGUAAUUUUCCACAUGUUUCUGGAUUUA